AAUCCUUGCAUUAAUAAUGGAGUUUGUAACAAAUCAAUAGACGAUUACACUUGCACAUGUGCUGCAAAUUAUACUGGAAAAAACUGUGAGAUAGAUAUCGAUCCGUGUAGACGGCAGCCUUGUGUAAACGGGUUUUGCCUUAGAAACAACUAUAGCUAUCAUUGCUUAUGUCUUUCUGGGUAUACUGGACAAAACUGUGAACAAGAUAUCAAUGAAUGCCAUGCUAAUCCUUGUAAAUACGGUAGCUGCAUCAAUCUCUCUCCAGGCUACCAGUGUAUGUGUGAUACAGGGUAUACUGGGAACCAUUGCCAAUAUGAUCCAUGUGAUCCAAAUCCUUGCAAAUAUGGUAAAUGCAAUGCUGAAAAUUUCGCUAAUUUCACUUGUCAAUGUCUACCUGGCUAUGGUGGCAAGCUUUGUGAUCAAGAAAUUAAUGAAUGUUCCUCUAAUCCUUGCUACACCGGGAAAUGUAUCGAUCUUAUAAAUAACUACACUUGUCAGUGUCCCCAAGGAAUGACUGGUCCCAAUUGUGAUACUGGUAGCUGCAUUAAUUGCUCAAUUAAUCUAAAUAGUGGAUCUAAACCUAUAAAAUUCACCUUACUAUUUGUACGAGCAUAUCUUACUGUGAUUAAUUUUUAUAGUCAAUAA